AUGGCCAGCACAAUUAGCCCCAGCACCACGGCUGCGGUGCCGGAGCUACCUGAAAUGUCAAGGCGCAUCCAAAAUGCUGCUGACAUCUCUGUCAUUGUCAUCUAUUUUGUGGUGGUGAUGGUGGUCGGGCUGUGGGCCAUGCUGAAGACUAAUCGGGACACUGUUGGAGGCUUCUUCCUGGCUGGUCGAAAUGUGGCCUGGUGGCCGAUGGGCGCCUCCCUUUUUGCCAGCAACAUUGGCAGUGGCCACUUCGUGGGGCUGGCUGGGACUGGAGCGGCUUCAGGCAUUGCCACUGCAGCAUUUGAAUGGAAUGCUUUGCUGCUGUUGUUAGUGCUGGGGUGGUUUUUCGUCCCUAUAUACAUCAAGGCAGGGGUGAUGACCAUGCCAGAAUAUCUGAAGAAGCGCUUUGGUGGGAAGCGGCUCCAAAUCUACCUCUCCAUCUUAUCCCUCUUCAUUUGCGUGGCUUUAAGAAUCUCGUCAGACAUAUUCUCGGGAGCUAUAUUCAUCAAGCUUGCCUUGGGGCUGGAUCUUUACCUGGCGAUCGUCAUCCUUUUGGCUAUCACUGCUGUUUACACAAUCACCGGGGGCUUGGCCUCAGUCAUUUACACCGACACCCUUCAGACCGUCAUCAUGCUGAUAGGCUCAUUGAUUCUCACGGGGUUUGCAUUUGCCAAAAUUGGUGGCUAUGAGAAUUUCACAGAGCAGUACAUGAAUGCUAUCCCAUCGAUAGUCAAGGGGGACAACCUGACGAUCAGCCCCAGAUGCUACACUCCGCAGGAAGACUCAUUCCACAUUUUCCGAGAUGCUGUCACCGGGGAUAUUCCAUGGCCAGGCAUGGUUUUUGGAAUGACCAUUGUGGCUGUGUGGUACUGGUGCACAGAUCAGGUCAUUGUGCAGCGCUGCCUUUCAGGCAAGGACAUGUCUCAUGUGAAGGCUGCCUGUAUUAUGUGUGGGUACCUGAAGCUGCUGCCUAUGUUCCUCAUGGUGAUGCCUGGGAUGAUCAGCCGUAUCCUGUACACAGAUAAGGUGGCGUGUGUGGUACCCUCUGAGUGUGUGAAACACUGUGGUACUGAAGUUGGCUGCACUAACUAUGCCUACCCACUGCUGGUGCUGGAACUGAUGCCUGAUGGUCUGCGAGGUCUGAUGCUGUCCGUCAUGUUGGCCUCUCUCAUGAGCUCCCUGACCUCCAUCUUCAACAGCGCCAGCACCCUCUUCACCAUGGACCUCUACACCAAGAUUCGGAAGCAAGCAUCAGAGAAAGAGCUCCUUAUCGCUGGACGGUUAUUUAUCAUUUUAUUAAUUGUUGUCAGCAUUGUAUGGGUCCCAUUUGUGCAGAUAUCUCAAAACGGACAACUGUUUCAUUACAUAGAAUCCAUUUCUAGCUACCUGGGGCCUCCAAUUGCAGCUGUCUUCCUACUGGCCAUCUUCUGUAAAAGAGUCAAUGAACAGGUAACUGAAUCCUGGGGAAUACAUUCUCUGAAGAAAUGGGGAAAAUGGUUUGUUUUUUCUGGGAUAGCAAAAGGCAUCCUUUUCACCCUGUCUAUCUCAGUAUUGGCUUCAGGCAGCCACAGUUCCUGAUUGCCUUUCAUGUGUAUCACUAUCUAGUGCAUAACCACUUACUUAUUUUAUGGGAUUAUCGUGUUUUAUUGUAAACACUGUAUCACUGAUGGAUUUCUGUAUCACUGAUGGAUGUCUGUGUCACUGAUGGAUUUCUGUAUGGUCUUUGGUCAGCUCUAUCGCCUGUGCUGGUCCCUUCGAAACUGUACAGAGGAACGAAUUGAUUUAGAUGCAGAAGAGAAAAGACCAGAAGAAGCUGAUGAUGAUGUUGAAGAAGAUCAUCCUGAAAAGCCUCGUGGGUGUUUCAGGAAGGCUUAUGAUUUAUUCUGCGGGUUGGAGAGAAAGGGCCCCAAACUGACGCAAGAGGAGGAAGCAGCCCUGAGGAAGAAGCUGACGGACACCUCGGAGAAGCCUCUGUGGAGGACGGUCGUGAACAUGAACGCGCUCCUGCUGCUGGCAGUCGCCGUCUUCGCCUUUGGCUACUUCGCUUGA